GAUCUAGCUGCGCGCGCGCCUGUUUGGACCCCAAACGGCGAUUAUUCGCUAUAAAAAACGCCGUUCAUCAUUUUCAGGGAUUCAUCCCCCUCCCCCCGUUCUCCCCCCUCCUGCCUCGUCAUAUUGCGCGCGCCAAUCCCGCGUUAGAGGAGGGGGCUCCCCGGCGGAGACUUCGGCGCAAUUAAACGUCGGGGAGCGCAAUUUGAAUCCAAAACAGUUUCCAGACGCGCGCCGAGCCGGGCCGAGGAACCGACGCUCCGUGCGCACCUGACACGCGGGGAGGGACGCCGAGGAAGCCAAGUGGAGCCGCGCGCCUAGGACCCGUCCGCUCUGGAGCCACGCGGAGACGCGCACGUGCCAUGGAGCGAGCCUCUGGUGUUUUUGGAACUUUCCUCUCCGGAUGGAGCGCGCGCGCCUGAGCGGGCUGCCGCUCCUGUGAGCCCCCGCAGAGAGCCGGUGUGACCCCCCGCGCCUCCAUCCACGGCCUCUCCCCCCCACAGAGCUCCGGCGGUCGUUCAUAUGAGCGCGGCGUUCAGCCCCUCCUCCUUCAUGGUGAUGCAGCGGCCACUCGGAAGCACCACCGCCUUCAGCAUCGACUCUCUGAUCGGGGGGCCCCCGCAGCCCAGCCCGGGACACUUCGUCUACACCGGGUACCCGAUGUUCAUGCCGUACCGGUCGGUGGUGCUCCAGCCGCCGCCGCCUCCGCCGCCGCCCCCGGCUCUGCAGCCCGCCCUCCCUGCGGGCCCGCACCCGCACGCGCCGCUGCCCAGCCUGCAGAGCGGCUUCUGCUCCAGCCUGGCGCAGGGACUCACGCAGGGACUCACGCAGGGCAUGGCGCUCACCUCCACGCUCAUGGCGUCGCUGCCCGGCGGCUUCUCCCCGUCCCAGCAGCACCAGGAGGCCGCGAGGAAGUUCGGCGCGCAGGCGCUGCACGCCGCAUUCGACAAGGCGCAGGAGCUGCGCGCGGACGCGGAGGACGGGAAGAGCUUCCUGACGGGGAAGGAAGCCGCGCUGCCCGCCUUCCACGACACGGACGCGAACCUGCAGACCUCCACAGUCAGAGGUCACAAGGAAGACUCCAAGGAUGAAGAGUGCGCGCGCAAAGACGAGAGUUUCUCCAUGGACAGCGACCUGGACUACAGCUCCGACGACAACCUCACCUCCGUCUGCCACAAGGAGGACGGGGACGGCGUGGACGACGGUCCUCACGUGCACGGCUCCGGCAGUGGCUCCGGCGGCGUGGUGGGCGGCGGCGGCGGUUCCGGCGGCGGGAAGAACCGCCGACGGAGGACCGCGUUCACGAGCGAGCAGCUGCUGGAGCUGGAGAAGGAGUUCCACUGCAAGAAGUACCUGUCCCUAACGGAGCGCUCGCAGAUCGCGCACGCGCUCAAGCUGAGCGAGGUGCAGGUGAAGAUCUGGUUCCAGAACCGGCGGGCCAAGUGGAAACGGGUCAAAGCCGGGAACGUCAACAACAAGUCCGGGGAGCCGUCCCGGAACCCGAAGAUCGUGGUUCCGAUCCCCGUGCACGUGAGCCGCUUUGCGAUCAGGAGUCAGCACCAGCAGAUGGAGCAGGCCCGACCCUAGAGGCCCGCUCCUGCACAUGCGCAGAAACAGACAGACUGAACGUUUUCAGAACUAAAUCAGAGACACGAGAGGAACAAACAUUUUCAUAAAGUGGAAAAAAAACUCGGUGACUAUUGAUGAAAAAAAUGUGAAUUUAAUUUAUGAAUCUGUGAAGAUUAAACUGUUGCAGCUCUGA